AUGCUUACAAAUAGGGAAUUUUGCCCGUCCGGCACAAGUAGCGGGGCCGGAGAAGUAGCACGAGUAGAACCGCUUGCGCAGGCAUCAGUACCAGCAAUGACCUGUCACCAUGCGUUGCUGCAGAAUCGGGGCCUUCUCCACACCGCGGAUUUGUCUUCCCUGAAACGAGAGGGCCUUGCAGCUGCCCCUGAAGUGUUGCAGCAGCUGCUGCAGCAGGCGGUAGCGAAGCAGUUGCAGGCUCGCGUAUUGCUGCUGCACGGCCCGCCUCGAGCGACCGCAGCAGCCGCAGCAGCAGCGAAAGAUGUGUUGCCGGCUGUCGUCGUUGCAGAUGCAGAGGCGCUUCUCUGCCUGGAGCAGCAGCAGCAGCGCCAGCAGGAGGAACAGCAGGAAUGGAGCAGCUGCCUCUACUGUGGCGAUGUUGAUGCAAGCUGCGAGUGUCUCAGUGACGGCAAGGCUAAACGCAUUCUACUUGUGGGAGACGACGAUCCCGUGCGGCUUCGGGAGGAGCUGUCGAGCAUCUUGCGUUGUGAGGUGGCGGCGCUGGUCGCUCCCAAAGGCCUCGCCACUGUGGCUCUUGGAAAGGCUGUGGCCCACAUGCUGGGCUUGAGACUCAUCCCGGACUUUGAGCUAUUCGUUAAGCAGCAAAGACAGCGGCAGCAUGAACAGGGGUCCGCCGCAACGGAAACAGCAGGAACAACUAAACCAGCUAGAGGACUAGCUAAAGCGAUACAGCAAGCCAAUGGCAGACUAAGGGCUCCCGCAGUUGUUGCAGAGGCCCUCAGGGCCCUAAGGAGGCCUCAAAGCGAAGGGUUAGGUAAUGGUGUGCUGCUGCUGGAUAUGCUCGACAGCGUUGAGCUCGCGGAGGAGCUAGAAAGCCGGCAGCUUCCUCUGACGCGCGUCAUUAUCCUGGAGGCUCCUCAAGAGACGCUUGAGGCAGCAGCGGCAGAGAGCGGAGGAACAGAGGCUGAGGAUGCCAAUGACGAAGAGGGAAAGUCAAGGCUCGUGAGGGACAAGAAGAUAAGAGAUCAAAUAGCAGCCAUUUACAAAGACCGCUGCGUACGCAUUCAACUGAGUGCUGCUGCUGCUGCUGCUGCUCUGGCGCCCCCACCUACGAGCAGUAGCGACGGAGACAAUGAAGGCCCAACUCCUGCAGAAUUAGCUGCAGCAGAAGCCAAAGCGGCAGCAGCAGCGGUACAAGAAAUCGCCGCUGCUCUCAUGAAGCCUGCGGCAUUCAUUCUGGCGGAUGGCUUGCUGCAGCCCGAGGCAGCAGCAGCAGUCCGGCAGGGUCUUGUGCAGGGCCUCAGCAACAAACUUCUGGUCCUUGAUAGAAAACAUUUAGCUUAUGUGGGCCUCCUGGGCCCAUUGGGGCCAUCUGCGCUGUACAUGCAGGGGUGCUCUCUGCCGCUUCCACUCUCACCAGCUUCUUCAGCGGGCUUCCGUGUGGUGCUCGCGGGAUUUCCGGCUCCAGCGGAACUCUACGCUCAAAUCCGGCGACUCCGCCAACUCUGCGACAUCCAAGGCAUACUAAUCAUGCGCCCCCCAACAGCGUACACCGACCCCCAAGUGGAGGGCUGCACAGCCACGGAAAUCUCCCCAAAGAUCGGCCUGCUGCUGCAGCAGCUGCAGCAGCCACGCGAACUGUCGCCUCUCGAGGAGCUGCAGCUGAACCCGCCCGCUCCUGAGCCGCUGGAGAAAGAGGGCUCACAAAGUGAAGAGGAAGAAGAGGAGGCAUAA